UCCCCUCCCAUCGGCGUCCCUUCCCUCCUCCCUGACACCCACGGGGGCGGGAGAUGCCACUCUGGACCGUUGGGUAACUAACUCCAAAGGCCGGGCCACAGGUCCCGCCCCGGUGACCGAUGUAAGGGUAAGUAGAGUAAACGGCGCCUGUGGGGUCCCUCGGAGCGCGGUGGUGUCAUCACGUGAUGCAGAUGGCCCUUCUUGGCCCGCAGGGCGCGCCUCCCUCCCUGACUCAGCAGCCCACUCAUCUUAGGCCCGCCGUGCAGACCACGCGAAGCAGUGAAACUUCCUAGAACCGGAGAAGGGAGGCGCUUGUCUUGAAUCUCUGCAGGGCCCUCCUCCCACAUCUGAUGGCCUCUCUAGACUUGUCCAGCUGGUUUCAACUUGUUGCCAGUCAGGAUUUGCUAAUUUGUGUCUACAUGUAAGGCUGCUCCCAACUGGCGUCCUGUUUUGCCUGCAAAGAGGUAGAAAAAUCUAUUGCGUCCUCCACAGAGCAAAGGGGAAAUUUCACGUACUUAGAGGUCACGUGUAUUUGGUAAUCCUGGAGUAAAAAGAGGAUGGCAAUGUCUGCCUAUCGAAAAACCUAAGACUCUGCUGAGAAAAUAGAUAAUAAGCAACCGGCCUAUCAGGGCAGAGCACAGUUGCUACAAUUGGAUUUCUCCAGCCUGGUGUAAACAUUAAAGAACUGCCAAUAGGCCCAGGGGAGUCUGGGAAGCUUCAGGAGUGAGGAUUUGGAGGUUGAGAGCGGCUUCUAGACUGGCUUGCUGCCGUGCAAAAGCAGAGAGCCGUGAGGAUCAAGUGUUGAGAACAGGAGCCUGUGGGACAUGGCUCAAAUUCAAACCGUGUCAUGGUGUCUCUGCAGUUCUGUAAUAAAUACAUGAACCCAGGUCAAACACAGUUCAAAGUAGUGGUGAAAUCCCUUUCACCCAAGGAGCUGGUCCGUAUUUAUGUCCCUAAACCUUUGGACAGAAAUGAUGGAACAUUUUUGGUGAGAUACAGGAUGCACGAGACAGUCCAUGAAGGGCUCAAGAUAGAGAUCUUUUAUGGCAGUGAACAUGUGGCUCAGUCUCCCUAUAUUUUAAAAGGACCCGUGUACCAUGAGUACUGUGACUGCCCAGAAUACGACCCACAGGUCUGGCAGGAAACCCUGUCUUGCCCAGCCAGUGAACCACAGAUCGAGCAGGAUUUUGUUCCCUUCCCCAGCAUUAAUCUCCAGCAGAUGCUGAAGGAGGUCCCCAAAAGAUUUGGGGACGAGCAGGGUGCUGUUGUUCAUUACACAAUUCUCAAUAACCGCAUCUACCGGAGAUCUUUGGGGAAAUACACAGACUUCAAAAUGUUCUCUGAUGAAAUUUUGCUGUCACUGGCAAGAAAGGUCACCCUCCCAGAUUUAGAAUUUUAUAUCAACCUUGGAGAUUGGCCCUUGGAGCAUCGAAAAGUCAAUGACACCCCAGGCCCUAUACCUAUCAUUUCCUGGUGUGGCUCCCUGGACUCGAGAGACAUCAUCCUUCCAACAUAUGAUGUCACCCACUCCACACUCGAAGCAAUGAGGGGUGUCACAAAUGAUCUCCUCUCCGUUCAGGGAAACACAGGGCCUUCCUGGAUCAAUAAAACAGAGAAAGCUUUCUUCCGAGGUAGAGACAGCCGGGAGGAGAGGCUGCAGUUGGUACUUCUGUCCAAAGAGAAUCCACAGCUGCUAGAUGCAGGAAUUACAGGAUAUUUCUUUUUCCAAGAGAAAGAAAAAGAGCUUGGAAAAGCCAAGUUGAUGGGUUUCUUUGAUUUCUUUAAGUACAAGUACCAAGUGAACGUGGAUGGGACUGUGGCUGCGUACAGGUAUCCAUACCUCAUGCUGGGCGACAGCCUGGUCCUGAAGCAGGAUUCACCAUACUAUGAACAUUUCUAUGUGGCACUAAGGCCUUGGAAACACUACGUUCCCAUUAAAAGAAACCUCGGUGAUUUACUAGAGAAAGUGAAAUGGGCUAAGGAAAAUGAUGAAGAAGCAAAGAAGAUUGCCAAAGAAGGGCAGCUAACUGCCAGGGACCUGCUCCAGCCGCCCAGACUGUACUGCUAUUAUUACAGAGUACUGCAGAAGUAUGCUGAGCGCCAGGCCAGCAAGCCCAUGAUCCGUGAUGGAAUGGAGCUUGUUCCCCAGCCAGAUGAUGGCACAUCCAUCUGCCAGUGCCACCGGGGGAGGCCUGAGAGGGAAGAGCUUUGAGGAGACCCAGCUCCAUACUCCUUUGUAUGCCAGCUGCAUCUUUAAGACUUGUGAACGAUGCUCAGCUGUGAGGGACCAGAGACCAGGCCCGGUGGGUUAGGCCCACACUCGCAAUCCUGGCACAAUGGAAGCAGAGGCAAGAGGAUUUCCUUAGUGCAAAGCCCACCUGAGAUUUGUGCUGACUUCCAGGCCAGCCCGGCCUCCCCAGUUGGAUCUUAUCAAAAAGUCAGAACAAAAAAAGAAAUGUAGAGAAAUACUAAGCUUUUAAUCCCACACUCGAGAGCCUAAGUCAUGAAGAUCAUGAAUUUCAGUAUUACAAAAUAUCUUCGGAGUUGCUUGUUUGUGCACCCUAGUGGAUAAAAAGGCUCAUAAAUCACUGGGAAUCCGUGGGUGGCACACUCACGUGCACUGGCUUGUUUCCAUCUUUAUCCAAGAUAAAAAGUCGAAUUCACUUACUUUUAUAUUCCAUUAUGAAGGGCAAAGUGCUUGGGGAGGUUUGACUGUCUUGUCAUUGUGUUGUUUCUCCUUGAGUAAACUGUUCCUGGUGCUUGGUGACAGCAGCCUCCUUUUGGCAAACCUGAUGAGGUUAACUAAAGAACAAGACACUGCUAUUUAAGGUGGCAUGGAGACUGUGGAGAACGUACCACACUGUUUAAAUCUUUUCAGCUCAGUUUUUGCCAGGACUUAAGACAGAAUUAAGGAGAAUUAAGGGUAUGUGGCAACUCACAAUCUGGACUGUACCCCUACUAAAGACAGCACAGCUAUGGAUAUAGAUGGUGGCAUCCUGUGGUAAUGUAUGCGCUGGGAAUAUAAAAAUAACAGCCGUCCAAGUGAGAUCUUUCAUUCUGUUUGUCCUUCUGAGAAUCCUUGAGAAUUGCUACAGUCAGCUUCAGGAAGCCUCCGUAUCCUGGGAUUCACUAAUAACCCAACGACAGAGGCAUGCGCUCAGUCCUGGAGCCACAGACCCUCCUGGUUCAGUAGGGUGAUAAACGGCAUACUGAAGUUGUUAAGAUAAAGGCUUUGGGACUUGUCUCUACAUUUUAGGACAAGGUCAGAAUCUAAGUCUCAUACCAAAAAUUCAUUUCCGAUUCCUCAGCACAGCAGAUGCAGUUCCUGACAGAAUGAGCUCUAAAACAAGAACUACCCACAGCCCCAGAGUAAAGGUUCUCCCUGAACUGAAGUACUCAUUCGCUCAUAUCUGUUCUCCCAAAGACCAAUCAAGAACUUGUACCUUUAACUAGAUCUUAGAAAUAUCAACAUGACAAAUAUCCCAUAUGGACAUGAGAAGAAAGAAUGCCUCCCUCCCUUCUACCUCUUUAACCACGGGUUCAGAAAGCAAAAGGUAGUUUGUUAGAGACAUAUUAAUUUUUUAAAUUGAUGUCAUUUGCAGCUGAACAGUCCCAGCAGAACUAGGAGAAAAACAAGUUUCUAUUGACUUGUCCGAUUUUCAUUUUGAACAGUCACACCUUGGAACAUUGCACUGGACACAGAGUCUUUGACACACAAACCUGCAGGGGACAUUUUACAUCCAAACUGUAACAAGUCUAUCAAGAAAUCUAGGAAACUCCACUUGACCAUAGCCUUUGAAAUGAAUUUUGCAUGGCUUUAUGGUUCAUUAACUUGAACAUACCUUAGGGAAACAAGCUGGAUUAUUAAGCCCUGAUUCCUUCCCUUCCAACUUACCAAUUGUCCAUAUAGUCCAUUAGGCACUUCUAAUACUGAAAUAUUUAUUAAAAUAUAUCUGGCUUCAGGGGCCAUGAGUUGAGAAUAAAGAGAGGGCUGGUGAGAUGGCUCAGUGGGUAAGAGCACCCGACUGCUCUUCCAAAGGUCCGGA